AUGUCAAGAGGAAAUUAAAGAGUUUAAUUACCUUAAAUUCAACAGAAAUAACAAGUUGAAAAUUAUAAUUUCAUUACUUCUAAGAAAAAAACUGUUUAAUUUCAAUAAUCUAUAUUAUAAGAUGAAAUUUAAGAGGAUUGGAAAAAAAAAUGUGAAGAAUUAUAAAAAGAUGUAGAAACAAGAAAUCAAACCAUCUUUAGUAUUUAAAGAAAUUUUGAAUCUUUAUCUGCUUUAUUAAAGACUGAAAAGUAAGAGAAUAUGGGUAUUCGUGAAGAAGUUAUUAAAUUGAGAGAAAUCAACUAAUAAUUAUAAUUAUAAGAUAAAGAUAAUCAAUACAAGUUAAAUGAAAAUUAAAGAAAACUAAAAGAAUUUUAAUAAUAUCAUGAAUAAUUAUUAGAUGAAAGAAAAACUAACUAAAAAUUAAAUAUUGAAAUUAAUAAUCUCAAAAAUUAAAUUACUUAACUAGAAGCAAUUAUAAAUAGAAAAGAAAAUGAAAUUCGAUAAAUGUCAUCAACCAUUACUUCUCUGUAAAUGGAUUUAUCUUUGUUACCAUCUUUAUCCAAAGAUAAUGAAAAGUUACAAUCAACUAUUUAAACAUUAAAAGAAUAAAUUAGUUAUUUAGAAGUAAUUAUAAAAUUAAAUAAUCAAUUAGAAAUCUAAUUCCGAUAAAGAAUUAAAUCUAUAAAUAGCAUUCAAAAAUCAUACCUAACUCAAUAGUCUAAUAGAAAAUUUGAAAUUAGAUAAUAUAGCAGCUUAAGGAACCAUCAAACAUCUCAAAACUGAAGAAAAUGUAAUUUUAUUUAUUAUAAAAACAUAUAGAUAUCCUUCUUGAAAAUAGCUAAAUAAUAAUAAGAGAUUUAAGAAUUGUAAUCUCAAAUUAAAUAAUUAUAAGAUCAACUUAACAAUCAAAAUACUGUGUUAUAAACUAGAAAUUAAUAGGAUGGUCAGUAAAAUUAAGUCAUCAUAUAAUUACAAAAAUAAUUAUUAGAAUCAUAAAAAUAAUAUUAAAUUAUUAUAGAUGAAAAUCAAAAUCUGACUCAAUUUGUUAAUGAAAAUAUGCCCAUUAUUGAACAGUAUUAGUUAGUCUUAUCAAAUUUUGGAAAUACUAAUUUUAUAUAAUUAAUUAAAGAUUAUCAAAAACUUUAAUCUGAUUUCAAGUUGAAAAAUGAAAAACUUGAAUAAUCUUAAUAAGAAAUAUUCAAAUUAAAUGAAAAAUUAUAAUAAUGUUAACAAGAAAUUAUAAGUGUAAGAAGUUAAAUUGCAUAAUUAUAACAAUAAAAUAAAGAAAUCAAUUAAAAAGCAUCUUAUUUUGAAGAUGAAUUAAAGACUUUUUAAACUAUAAAAUCUACAUCACUUAAUAAUGAAUAGAUUAUGAAAAGUUUAUAAGGACAAUUAAAAAAUAAAAGUGAAAACGAAUAAAAUUUAUUAUCAUAAAUGAGAUAAAUUUAAUAAGACUUAUAAAAAUAUAGCGAAUUUGAUGGAUUGAUAACGACAUAUAAGUAAUUUACAUAACCUGUUGAAUUUAUACUUACGUCUGAUUUAAAUUAGUUGAAAUAAAAUAUUUAAUAAAUUACUCAAUCAAAUUAAUUAUAUAUUGAAGAUAUUGAACAAAGAAACAAAUAAAUUGGGAUCUUAAUAAAUAUCUAACUUUAAUGAAUAAAUAGUUUCUCUUAAAAUAAAAUUAGACUAAGCAUUAAUAGAUUUAGAUCAAUUGAACAAGGAGAAUAAAACAUAGAAAAUUACAAUUGAUUAAUUAGGAAAUGAUCUAACUGUUGCAAAUAAAGAGAAUAGAAAUCUUGCUUAAUAAGUUUAUGAAUAAAUGGAAAAUUUAUAAUAAUUAAAUAUGAAGAAUGCUAAUUUAUAAAAAGAAUUAACUUGUAUUUAAUAUUAAAUUAAUAUUUAUAGAGAAUUAAGAUAUAACAUAUAAACUAGGAUUGGAUGUAAAGAAUUUGACCUAGAAAUUAAAGAAAGCAGAAGAGGAAUUAGAAAUGUUGGUAAUUAUUUUAGAUUUAAUCAUUACUAGAAUCCUGAGAAAAUGAGAGGUUUAUUAUUUUAAUUAGAUUAGAAAGAGAAAGAAUUUUAGAGUCAAUUAUAAAAUAUUGCUCUUGCUUUAGAUGCAUAAAUCACAUCUAUUACAUGCAAUAAUUGCAUGGAAAUAUUAUAAAAGACUAAUACUUGUUAUCCAUGUGGUCAUUCUUAUUGUGAGAAAUGUUUCCAAAAUCAAUGUUAAGAAUGUUAGGAUUAAGAUGGCUGGUUCAAAAAUAAGAGAUUAGAUGACUUAAUAAGUAAGAUAAAUUAUUCUAAAUAAAUUUUGAAUACUUAUAAAAAGAAAUGA